AUGGGAAAAGCAAGAAUAGUAGGAAUUGGAAUGGAUUAUUCAGCAACAAGCAAAGCAGCAUUAAAAUGGGUAAUUGAUAAUCUUAAAAAAGAAGAUGAUCGGAUUAUCAUUAUUCAUGUUGCUUCUCCCAAAGCUGAUCCUACUAAUAAGCAACUCUUUGAAAACACUGGUUCCCCUUUGAUACCUUUAGACGAAUUUAGAGAGAUUAACGUGUCUAAGCAUUAUGGACUAAACCCUGAUAAAGAGGUUCUUAAUAUGCUUGACACCGUUUCCAAGGUUAAGAAUGUGACAGUGGUGGCAAAGGUGUAUUGGGGAGAUGCGAGGGAGAAACUUUGUGACGCUGUGGAACAUCUCAAGCUUGAUACUCUUGUGGUUGGAAGUAGAGGUUUAGGAGUCCUUAAAAGGGUGUUACUUGGAAGUGUGAGCAAGUACGUGGUGCAUAAUGCAUCUUGUCCGGUCACAGUUGUGAAAGGCAGUCCUCAACCUACAAAGGCCUAA